GGAGGAAAAAGCGGUGUUUUGCUGGUGGACGGAAUUUUUUGCUCGACGACCCCCGCCGGAGUUGUCACCAUUCGAUAGAGAAUUAAAUUCUGCAUCCAGCACAACCAAGUAGAGGACCAGCACAGACGUAGGGACGAAUCGGCACAGGAAAUACGCGAAUCUGGUGCUAACAUUACCUACGUAGUGGACUGAUGUCUUAAAUAAUUAUCAAGUUAUUUAUUUUAUAAUUCUUCUAUAUCUUAAUAUUCUCAUAUUUUCGUUCAAAGGAACAUCUCGAUCAGUAUCAUUCGAAUCCAAAAUGUGAAUAUUGUGACAAACAGUUCAACUCAAUUAUUAUAUUCAAUGAACAUAAAGUCUUCGAAUGUCAACAACUAGUGAUUGACUGUGCAUUGAAAAACUUCGGUUGUAAUGAACAAGUAUAAAUACUCUUAAGAUGAAGUUCAAUUUGAAAACUUUUGUUCUUUAGUUUAUUCGUAUCAAUAAGGAAGUUCAUUAUUUAACUGAACAACAUCAAAGCGCUAUAAUCAAAUUUGUUGAUCAAAUAUUGUCGCAAACAAAUGUUAAACACAUAGAUAAUGAUCUUCCUAGUGUAACAACUGCAGCGAAUAGCAAUCCAGACACACUUCAAUCACAAGAGCUUUCUGAAAUACUAAAUGUUUUAUCAGAAGGCACUCAAGUAUUGAAAAUCGAUCAACAACGUUUAAACAAUCAAUCACUUCAAUUUAAAUCAGUUCUUCAAACAUUAAUAGAAGAAUUAUCAACACUUAAUCUAUCUACUGAAGAAUCAUAUGCUUAUUUUCAAGCAGUGAAAUGUAAUGAAGAUAUUCUCAAUCAAGAGUUAAAAUCACUGCAAUUAAGAAUUAAUGAUUUGCAAUCUAUUUCAUAUGAUGGAAUCUUUGUAUGGAAAAUUAUGAAUGUUAAAGAGAAAAUGAUUGAUGCACAGUCUGAAAGGCAAACAUCAAUUUAUUCGCCACCAUUUUAUUCAUCUCCAAAUGGCUAUAAAAUGAGAGCUCGUUUAUAUUUAAAUGGUGAUGGAAAUGCACGUCGUACACAUAUGUCACUGUUUUUUGUGCUUAUGCGAAGUUUGAACGAUUCAAUUCUCAAAUUUCCAUUUAAUUACAAAGUUACUUUUUGUAUGUACGAUCAAACAUCUGCAAAACGGCAUAUUAUCGAUUCAUUUCGACCAGAUAUUAGAUCAAAUAGUUUUCAACGACCUCAAUUGGAUAUGAAUAUAGCCAGUGGCAUACCAAAAUUUUUCCCGUUGGAAUUGAUUCAACAAGACGGAAAUCCUUAUGUACAAAACGACAUGAUGUUCAUUAAAAUUAUGGUUGACUUUGAAGAUAUACCCAAAACAUUGUUACCAUACAUUAUGAAUUUGAAUCCAGGUCUGCCAACUCAUAUUCAACAAGCAAUGAUGAAAAAAGAAGCAGAACGAUUAUGGCAAGAAUAA